AUGACUCCGCUUCCCCAGCAACCACCAACGCCACCGGUGGCGUCUCCGUACAUCACUCCCGAGCCCAAAGAAAAGGGCGAUGCCGGUAUCUACGCGGCACUCGACGCCAUGCAGCUCUCGCGUGCCCUGCACGGCGUCACAAGUAGUCGGUUGGACCAACAGCAGCUGCAGCAGGCGGCAGCAGUGCGCGGGGUGUCGCCUACUCCCGGUGGCGAUGGUGGCGCUACACAGAGCAACGCGGUGCGACUUGGGAUGGAACCGGCAAGCUACCGGCAAGGAACUUUAGCGGAUGUCCAGGCCAUGUACAACGCGGCGCUUCUGGAGGCGGUACAAGCGGUCAGCGGCAACGCAGCCGCUGAGGCGGUGGAGCGUGGUGUCGGGGGAGCUGCUCUCACCGCGACCGCUGUCGGUUUACCAGACGACGUGGCGACGCUGCGCAGCGCGCUGCCGCUUGUGCGCGAGCUGAAGCCGCGCGACCCGCUCAACUUUGACGCGCUGCAGCGCCUUUUUGCCCUCAUGGAAGAAGCCGUCGGCGCUGCGGAAGCGGCUGAAGGGGUCAGAGACGGCGGUAUCACGGCGCUGCUGCUGGCAAACGGUGUGGUGGACCCGGCACGCCAGCCGUCGCCGUCGACGGAAGCGUGGGAGGCCAAGUACCGUGAAGUCUACGCUCGCUACCCACUCCCAGUCACCCAUGCAGCCGCCUCGUCUGCCGGCUCGCACAACUUUGACGAGGACGACGACGAUACGCAGCCAGAGGUGGACGCGCAGAACAAUGCGGAGCUGCAGGAACUCUGUGAAAAGCUCGGUAUCACCUAUGAAGCCCACGCAAAGGCGGUGCGCGACGUGGCAUUCUACGAGAUGAGUGUGUUUCCCUUGUUGUGUGCUUACCUCAGCCGCGUCAACGAGCGCACCGCCGGCGGGCGUGAUGCUGCAACGGUGGCAGCGGUGGCCUGCUCGCGGGUGAAGGUGCUAGAUUUGUCUUACAACAACAUCGGUGCCCCAGUGGUGCCGGCGGCCCCGGGUGAGGAGGGGGACAGAGGCGAUGUUGCACCAGUGCGCCAGCUAUCCCCGCUGCGAGCCCUCGCAGCCAUGCUGGACGCGAACGAGUCCCUGCGGUACCUCAACCUGCGCGCCAACGCAUUGGGUUCCCGCGGCGUUGGCAUCAUCGCCAAGGCACUGACGAAGAACAUUGCCCUCUGCGGCAUUGACCUCUCGGCAAACGCCCUGAACGUGGCGGCAGACACAGAAGAGGUCGAGGACCCGCUGUACGAGCCGGAAGACCCCGUCUUUGGGGAGCCGUACGAGGGCCUCGAGGCGCUGGCGGAGGUGCUCAAGAAGAACAAGUUCCUGCGCGUGCUGCGGCUGGCUGAGAACGGCCUGCACGCUGGCGAGGACCUGACGGCACCUCCACCUGAGGAGGACGGUGGGGAGGCGGACGAGGACGCGGCGGAGGAGGCGGACAGCGGCGCGGCAGCUACGGCAGGGGCACAGGCACCCCGCCUCGGCCUGUCCUUUGCCGAUGCACAGGAGCAAUGGCAGAGCAUACCCCUCUGGACACUCCUCAGUCCACUCUACCGAUAUCAACGCCUUCGUGCACUUGACCUCUCGAAGAACUUAUUGGGCAACGACGGCGUGCACAUGCUAGCGGUGGCGUUGUCGCACAACACGUCUGUCGAAAUACUGGAUUUGACGGACAACGCGAUCGGGUAUGCGGGCCUGGGCCACCUCGCUCGGUAUGUUCUGGGCAGGAGCGUGGCGGUCGGAGCCGCCUCGGCUGCCGCAGCGCCGCAGAGUGCGCUUCACACGCUUAUCCUGCGGCAGAACCCGCUCGCGUGCGUCGGUGGCGCGGCAGACGCCGCUUCUGGUAUGGACGCGCACCGCCGCCGUCUCACCAAGCGCCAGCAGAGGAGCGCUUUAGCGGCUGUGCAGAGGUUUGCGUCUGCGUUGGAGGGGCCGCGUGGCUUGCGCCGCCUCGUCAUGGCGAACACCUACCUUGGACCGACUUUCAGCAGUAUCCUGCUGCGCUCCCUCGCCCGCGCAGAGGCGCUGGAAGAGCUGGACUUUGCGUACAACCACGCCUGCGGUGUCUAUCCCUCCAACUUCGACGGCACAGCUGCCCAGGAGCUCGCCGGGCUGCUGUAUCAGCUGCAGCGGCACGACCCACCGCAGCUGCAACGCGUGUGCUUCGACGGCAACAACUUAACCGCUGCCGGUGUGGCAGCGUUGAUUCCCCCUGAGGCGCAUGUGGCGUUUCCGCAGACCUUGCACAAGCUCACGCUGAGCCGCAACAGUCUCGGGGACGAUCUCGGGUCGCUCGGUCAGCUGCUGGCUGCGGGGGCCGCCACGAUCACCCACCUGGACAUCUCCUACAACAAUAUCUCAGCUGUGGCGUCGCUGCUGCCUGGGCUCGCUACCGCAACGUCACUGAGAGAGCUGAACAUGAGCCAUAACAAUCUCGGUCUUCAGGAAGGGCUGCUGCGUGGGAUAACGCCGGCGCAGCAAGAGAUGGAGGUUGCCCAGCUCUUUCAGGGCCUCGCGCAGCUGCCCAAUCUCGAGGUACUCGACAUCAGUCACAACGACUGGCGCGCCGCACACAUCGAGCAGCUCAGCGCUUUCUUCUCGAAUACGGCUUUGGCCACAUCGCUACGCAAACUCGACGUGCGCAACACCCCGCGCGUCCCGACAGCGCAGCUCAUGACGCUGCUGCAGUACGUGGCGAGCCGACCGACGGUGGAGGUGUUUAUGGCUACCGUUGUGCCAGACAAGAGUGAGGAGGCGGACGCGGCAGCGGCAGGUGCGAACAACACGGUUGCCCCAUGGACGUUCGACUCGGUGCUGCAGGUGAUUCACGGAGUCGUCAUCAACAGCGGCUCGCUUCUCGAGAUGGACUGUGGACUUCUCCAAAGCGACGCGGGUGCCGCUAGCAGCAGCGAUGACACGUCGGUGAGCUCUGCGGUGCUCGACGAAGCCCGCGAGCGGCUCCUCCUCAAUGUCCUCAUGAAGGCAGCGGCGCCAUCGGCGUAG